GCAGUCGUGUUCUCCAUCGGCUCACACAGGACCUCAUCCCUCCGGCGCGACAGGAUCCUCGUCUUUAAGAAACUACAAAAGCCAUCAAAACGCCUAAACCAUUACGCACAGACGUUUUUGUUGGUCGUGGUUUGGACCCCCGUCUCUUUUUGACCUCCCGUUGAGGUUGAACCGUCCCGUGGGCUGGAAAACAUUGUUGGUGGGAGUCACAGGAUCUGUCUCUAGGACGAGGACAUUGAGUGCGUGGAAGUCAUGACGGCUGAGAAGAGUGGUCCAGUGAUUAACGGUAAACCAGAGGACUCUAAGGACGGGGACAGUUCCAGCACCAGCUCUCGACCCAUCGGGGACUACAACGAGAGAGGCCAAUGGAGCAACAAGAUCGAGUUCAUUCUGUCUGUGGCCGGAGAGAUCAUUGGUCUGGGCAACGUGUGGAGGUUCCCCUACCUCUGCUACAAGAACGGAGGAGGUGCGUUCUUCGUGCCGUACGUGAUCUUCUUCAUCUGCUGCGGCAUCCCUGUCUUCUUCCUGGAAACGGCCCUGGGACAGUUCACCAGCGAAGGAGGCAUCACUUGCUGGAUGAAGGUCUGCCCUCUGUUUGAAGGUAUUGGAUAUGCGACGCAGGUGAUCGAGGCCUACCUAAAUGUGUAUUACAUUGUGAUUUUGGCGUGGGCUAUUUUCUACCUCUUCCAGUGCUUCACAACUGAGCUGCCCUGGGCCGGCUGUGGUCACUACUGGAACACAGAAUACUGUGUGGACUACUACGGAGAAAACGCCACCAAUAUCACCAACCCCAACGCCAGCUCCCCAGUCAUCGAGUUCUGGGAGCGGAGAGUGUUGAAGAUCUCAGAUGGCAUCGAGCACAUGGGCGGAGUGCGCUGGGAGCUGGCCAUGUGUCUGGCUCUGGCUUGGUUCAUCUGCUACUUCUGCAUCUGGAAGGGUCCCAAGUCCACCGGAAAGGUGGUGUAUGUGACAGCCACGUUCCCCUAUGUGAUGCUGCUGGUACUUCUGAUCAGAGGAGUGACGCUGCCGGGAGCCUUCGAUGGAAUCAAGUUCUACCUCUACCCCGACAUCUCCCGCCUGUCCGACCCGCAGGUGUGGGUGGAUGCUGGUACUCAGAUCUUCUUCUCCUAUGCCAUCUGUUUGGGCUGUCUCACUGCUCUGGGGAGUUACAACGCGUACGACAACAACUGCUACAGGGACUGCAUCAUGCUGUGUUGUUUGAACAGUGGCACCAGUUUUGUAGCAGGUUUCGCCAUCUUCUCUGUGCUCGGCUUCAUGGCCUAUGAACAGAACGUGCCCAUAGAGGCUGUGGCCGAAUCAGGUCCGGGUCUGGCAUUCAUUGCGUACCCCAAAGCUGUGACCAUGAUGCCUCUGGCUCCACUCUGGGCCUGCCUCUUCUUCAUGAUGCUCAUCUUCCUCGGUCUGGACAGUCAGUUCGUGUGCGUGGAGAGCUUGGUGACGGCUGUGGUGGACAUGUACCCGGAGAUGUUCAGGAGAGGAAACCGCAGAGAGGUCCUGAUCUUGGGAAUGUCCGUGGUCUCCUUCCUCAUCGGUCUCAUCAUGUGUACAGAAGGGGGUAUGUACGUGUUCCAGCUGUUCGAUGCGUACGCGGCCAGUGGGAUGUGUCUGCUAUUUGUGGCCAUCUUUGAGUCCAUAUGUAUCGGCUGGGUCUAUGGAAGUGACAGAUUCUACCUGAACAUCGAGGAUAUGAUCGGAUACAAGCCCAUCUUCUUCAUUAAGUGGUGCUGGAUGUUCCUCACCCCUGGCAUCUGCGCUGGGAUUUUCCUGUUCUUCCUGAUUAAAUACAAGCCUCUGAAGUACAAUAACGUGUACACCUAUCCUGACUGGGGCUACGGCAUCGGGUGGUUCAUGGCUAUGUCCUCCAUGGUCUGCAUCCCCUUCGGACUCAUCUGGAAGAUCUGGAAAACCCCCGGGACUUUCUCUGAGAGGAUUAAGAAGCUGACCACCCCCAGUCCAGACCUGAAGAUGAGAGGGAAACUGGCUGCUCUGAGUCCAUACGCCUCCAACGACGCCAAGGCCAAAGGCGACUGCAAAAUCUCCACCAUCUCAGAGAAGGAGUCGCAUUUCUAACCCCGCCCGGGCUACACCAGGUCUCUUUGAGUCAUGCAAAAAAUAGUGACAGCCAACCACUACACUGCAAAAGAGCUUCACAAUGAGUUAUAAAGGCUUGAAAUCAGAAUAUUGACUUGUUUUGUGUAGUUUUUGACUGAUUUAUGAAAGAAGCUAACCAGUAAAAGUGCAAUUUGGAGGUUGCACCGUGUUGUCUACAUGUAGAUGUUAUUGCUUUGACAGGAAUGCUUCACGGUAUGGCAUUAAACUUAUCUAUAUUGUAUUUCUUCAAUCGCAGGUGUUUUUAUUGCACAAAAAAUAAAACAAAAAAAGAGUUGAAAAACAUGUAUUGUUACAGUCAGCAGCAUCGCCUCUCCACAGAUCUGACCUGUAACUUGGCCUAGUGGUGUGUGAAACUGUGAAACAUUUCAAGCAAAGUAGGAAUAUCUCCUUGGACACAAGCAAAAGUUCCAUAGUGCACCUUUAAUUACCUUGAAGGACGUACAGAUAUUAAACCCACUAGAGUAAAUUUAAACUACUCAAAACAAGUCAACUGUUCUGAAAUCUGGUCUUUUUAAGUCAUAGAUGUUGCAUUAUUGCACUGUACUGCGCCCCCACCACCAGUGCACAAACGAACCAGAACCUGUGUGAUUUUUGUUUUGUAAAAUAUGAUAAAAAGUUUAUCACAUAUUUUAGUCUGUUUUUGGCACCGAUUUUGAUAACAUCUUUAUUGUUUUUCUGUUAACAUUGUGACUUAAACAGUUGUAUUUUGUUGCUAAUCACUAAUGUUUUGUGUCUGCUGCGUGUUUAAGAGUGAGUAUCGGUCGCACUAGUGUCUGUGCCUUUCUCGUGGUGUAAAGGGUUCACAGUGUACAUUUAUGGAUAAUGUCUUGUGCCUAUGUCUGAUUAAAGAACCCAAAUGUUUCUAUCCAUGAUAUCCAGAGUGAUACAGACACCUUUGACAUAGCAGUUCAAAUUUCAAAACAUCAUAUUGCUUGAAAAGACCUCAAAAUGGCGCCUGUAAGCAAGAAAUUGAAACUUAGAAUAGAGCCCUGUUCACUGGAGUGGUACGGUGCAGCUUGUCAUAGGGAACAUACAUCUCCAAGUACUUUGGUAUUACUUUUUUAGGCAUAAUUACUUGUGUUUUACCUUGUGUAAUAUGCAAAAAGUACAAAAAAAAAACUGUUCUGCUUUGUUAUUGAGGAGUGAAUCAGUUCAAAUGAGACUAAAGACAUCAGCUUCUGGCUUCAAAAAGAGUGAAAUGAAUUUGAAAUACGUCUGGUUAAUGGAUUAUAAUGUUUGACAUCACAACGUGGAACUUGCAGUUGUGAGCAAGAAAGACAGAAUAGUACGUACAAGGAUUACUCAAACUGAAUUGUCACAGCUGGGAAUUGAUCUCACAACUCUGAGCCCAGUAUAUGUGUUAUAACUGCUUGACUCCAUGGGGAUAGAUACGUUCAAUGCCACACUACUGAACAUUCUAUGUAAUGCAAUAACAUCCCGUCGGAGACAUGUAGGUGGUGGAUUCUGCAAGUUUCAUAAUGCACCUUUAAAGCACUGUAUAUACUUACUUUUUCAUACAUAAAGAUGAGCUAAGAGCAAACUGUAAUACUACUCACCCAAACAGCACUGUCUUUCUCCAGUGGACACAGGCUCUUAUGAAAUGUAACAUGUUGAGGACCUCUGAAUCCACAUGUGUAGUUAAAUCAUGAACAGCAGAGGGCACUGUUACAAAAGUCAAGUCUGUAAAUAUGUCCCACUGUAAUCAUUCUAAAUGUGCUCAUGUAACUGAGAGGGCUUCACACACAUUUGUAUUUUUAGUUUGUCAAACCCAGAGUUUAAACAUGGCCACGCUGCAUUUGUCACAGUGAGUCCUGAAGCUUCUGAAACUGCGGCGCUGCACCGUUACUGUAGAAACAACAACGCAAAAUCAUCUUUGUAUUGUUAGGGGAUAGCUCAGUGAGGGCAUAUGAGGUACAAAAUCAUGUUUAUUUUGUUUUGUUCAUACACAUACUUUGCAGAGAUAACAUUUUCUCUAGUCUGUUGAAAGAAACUGGAGAUAUUAAAGGUGCACUAAGUAACUUUUCUGGUGAGCGGGCUGCCUCUGCCACCUGCUUGUCUCUAUGGAGAUGUUAUAUCUUUGCCAGAAAAAGUCCACAAUAUGGUCUAGCAAGUGAUACAUGUGUUUUUAUUGCUCAAAUAAAACAUGCAUUGUUACUGUGAGCGGGGAUCUGACUUGUAACUUGGCUCUCUUGGGUCGCCUCUGCGCAGAUCUGACUUGUAACUUGGGUAAUGGCGUCACCUGCUUUACAGUAAGAUAUAAGUUAAUUCCACUGUGGAACAUUUAGAAAAAAAAAAAAAAAACACCUCAGUAAAGACAACCAGGUAGUAGAUCAUCCCUCAGAAAAGUUACAUAGUAUUUCUUUUAAACCCUCAGUUAUUUGUAGUCUAAUAAAUUUGUUCUUAUUCAUUACUUUCAAGUGCCCAAAUUUCAACACUUUUUAAUUUAAGCGUGAUAAUUGGACUUACGCUGCACCUUGUUCUACCCUGACACUUCAGCCUAUCCCGUAAAAUACAUUUCUCCCACUUUAAAACAAAACAUGUUAUUUUUACCUUUCCAGUCGUGGCCUCGCUGGCUCGAGUCCUCCCUCACCUCUGUUUCCCCCUCCUCUCGGCUCGGUCUAAACCCUGGAUCUGUGUCAUUUCACAGUAAUUACCCUGAGCCUAACACACUCUGACAGACAGACCGACUGCCUCCUCCUCUGCACUCACUCUGUCACCCUUAAUGGACACACGAUGCACGUCUCUCACACCACUAUUUCAACACACUUAUUAUUCGGCUUAAGGAUUUUUGGAAAAGACAAUUUGACACAUUUUUAAGAUUUGACCCAUAAUCCAGCUAGUAAGUAAAUGAAAGGUGAAUUGUGGCAGUCAGUGCAUCGGAUUAACCGCAAAAUCAAAUGCGCUUUGCUUUGAACCUGUUAUUUUACGGGCCAUUCCAUAUGCAGGACAAAAAAAGGGAAAAAUAUACAAUAAAAGUACCAUUUCCACGUUAUAAUUGACUCUCCUCUUUACGUUACUAUGGAGAAAAUACAAAUUAAAAGUGAAUUUUAUUGAUAAAGUUGCAGAAGGAAGUGCAGUCUGUCUCAUCUGUCUCAUUGAGCUGGUCUCAUUCAAAACCACCAUUACCCCCUCCUUCUUUCUUCCCCUCUCUCUCUUUCUGUCUCUGUCUCUCUCUCUCCCCCUCUCUCUCUCUUCUUUUUUCACUCUUUCACUCUUCCUCUCCAGUUUCCUCUCCCAAUCAAAUGCAAUCAGAGCCCCACAUCUGAACAGCUGCAAGGAUCCAAGUUUUUGGGUUUCUUUUUUUUUUUUUAUUCAUUCAGGAGGUGGCAGAGAAUUGUGGGUAGAAAUAGGUCAAUAGUGAGUUGAGGAAGUGAAGAUUGAGUCAGCUAAAGGAAUAUGUAAGAAGUAUUGAUAGACAGAAGCCCCUCCAAAAGUCUUUAAAUGUGUUAUCUGGUGCAUUGAUUCCAUAUUCAUACCUCCUCUAUACAGUACACACUAUUUUGUCUUCAAAGAUAGAUGAUAAUCUUCCUGGUUUAGUCCUGGGUCAGACCUGGUUUAGUCCUGGGUUAGACCUGGUUUAGUCCUGGGUUAGACCUGGUUUAGCUCUGGGUUAGACCUGGUUGGUUUAGUGCAGCUAUGCUGGGGUGUUGCUGGUCGGCAGUGCUCAUUAUUAAAGAGGCUUUAGUCAUCGUUUGAUCCUGGUUUAGUUCUGGUUUAGUCCUGGUUUCAUUCUGGUUUAGUCCUGGCUUAGGUUUGGUUGUCUUGGGCUUGACCUGGUUUAGAGCAGCUCUUAUGCAAAAUUCCAGCAUGCAGUAUCAAAUGGUCUUAGUCCUGGUUUAUUCUUGGUUUAGCCCUGGCUUAAUCCCGGGUUAAUCCUGGUUUAAUAGUGGUUUAGUUCUGAGUUAGACUGGGUUUAGUCCUGGCUCAGAUCUGCUGCUCUUGUGUGGUGGUCUUGGUAUGCAGUGAUCAUUAUCAGAGGAGAUUCAGUCAAGGUUUAGCCUUGGGUUAGACCUGGUUUAGUCCUGGUUUAGUGGGUUAGACCUGGUUUAGCUCUGGGUUAGACCUCAUUGGUUUAGUGCAGCUAUGUUGGGGUGUUCCUGGUCUGCAGUUCUCAUUAUCAAAGAGGGUUUAGUCAUGGUUUGAUUCUGGUUUAAUUCUGGUUUAGUCCUGGUCUAGUCCUGGUUUCAUCCUGGUUUGAUCCUGGUUUAAUUCUGGUUUAGUCCUGGUUUAGUUUUGGUUGUCUUGGGCUUGACCUGGUUUAGUGCAGCUCUUGUGGAAAAUUCCCAGUGUGCAGUAUCAAAUGGUCUUAGUCCUGGUUUAUUCUUGGUUUGGCCCUGGUUUAAUCCUGGUUUAAUCCAGGUUUAACACUGGUUUAGUUCUGAGUUGGACCUGGUUCAGCGCACCUCUUGUGGAGUGGUCCGUAUCUAAAAUGGUCCAUGAAGAGACAGAACCCAUAGUCCCAUUGAGCAGACGAUGAAGCUGAAGUGACUUGUUCUGAUUGAAAACGCUCCAUAUAUUUGUUGCCUGUGGGGCUGCGUAUUGGACAGAGAGGUGAUAUUUUAUGUCUGAUCAGUGAAAUUCUCAUUGCACCUGUCUCUAUCUCUUUUAGAAAUACUAUUGCGUGAUGUGAAUGUCUUGAAAUGAAACUUUGUUGAUAAAAUAGUCAUAAAAUUCUCUUUGACUUUUGAUACGCUGCUCAAACAGUUUAGAAUUGUAAUGAAGUGUUUUACUGGUCUGUACACACUUUGUAUUCACAGGACACACAAACUGUCGGCUUACUCAUUUUUAAAAAUAAAUGUGACAAAGAUUGUGAAGAA